GAGAAAUGACCCCCAGCAGGAGGAGGAGUAUGCGGAGGGGGAGGAUGACGCUGAGGUCCAGCAGGAGUGCCUCCACAAGUUUUCCACCCGGGACUACAUCAUGGAGCCCUCCAUCUUCAACACUCUCAAGAGGUACUUUCAGGCAGGAGGGUCUCCAGAGAACGUGAUCCAGCUCUUGUCAGAGAACUACACUGCUGUGGCCCAGACUGUCAACCUGCUGGCUGAGUGGCUCAUUCAGACAGGCGUUGAACCCGUGCAGGUGCAGGAGACCGUGGAGAAUCACUUGAAGAAUUUAUUGAUCAAGCAUUUUGACCCCCGCAAAGCAGACUCUAUUUUUACUGAAGAAGGAGAGACCCCAGCUUGGCUUGAACAAAUGAUUGCACAUACCACAUGGAGAGAUCUUUUCUACAAACUGGCUGAAGCCCAUCCAGACUGUUUGAUGCUUAACUUCACUGUUAAGCUUAUUUCUGACGCAGGGUACCAAGGGGAGAUAACCAGUGUAUCCACAGCCUGCCAGCAGCUGGAGGUGUUCUCUAGAGUACUCCGUACCUCUCUGGCUACAAUUUUGGAUGGAGGAGAAGAAAACCUUGAAAAAAAUCUUCCUGAGUUUGCCAAAAUGGUGUGCCAUGGGGAGCACACAUACCUGUUUGCCCAGGCCAUGAUGUCUGUGCUGGCUCAAGAGGAGCAGGGCGGCUCCACCGUGCGCAGGAUCGCUCAGGAGGUCCAGCGCUUCGCCCAGGAGAAAGGCCAUGACGCCAGUCAGAUCACACUAGCACUAGGCACGGCUGCCUCCUACCCGAGGGCGUGCCAGGCCCUGGGGGCUAUGUUGUCCAAAGGAGCCCUGAAUCCGGCUGACAUCACAGUCCUGUUCAAGAUGUUUACGAGCAUGGACCCGCCUCCUGUUGAACUCAUCCGGGUGCCAGCCUUCCUGGACCUGUUCAUGCAGUCGCUCUUCAAACCCGGCACCAGGAUCAACCAGGACCACAAGCACAAGUACAUCCACAUCUUGGCGUAUGCGGCCAGUGUGGUGGAGACCUGGAAGAAGAACAAGCGAGUGAGCAUCAACAAGGAUGAGCUGAAGUCGACGUCGAAGGCGGUCGAAACCGUUCACAAUCUGUGUUGUAAUGAGAACAAAGGGGCCUCUGAACUGGUGGCCGAGCUGAGCACACUCUACCAGUGCAUCAGGUUUCCAGUGGUGGCGAUGGGUGUGCUGAAGUGGGUGGACUGGACCGUGUCAGAGCCACGGUACUUCCAGCUGCAGACUGACCACACCCCGGUGCACCUGGCGCUGCUGGAUGAGAUCAGCACCUGCCACCAGCUCCUGCACCCCCAGGUCCUGCAGCUGCUGGUGAAACUUUUUGAGACGGAGCACUCCCAGCUGGACGUGAUGGAACAGCUUGAGUUGAAGAAGACCCUGUUGGACAGGAUGGUACACCUGCUGAGUCGAGGUUAUGUACUUCCUAUUGUCAGUUACAUCCGCAAGUGUCUGGAGAAGCUGGACACUGACAUUUCUCUCAUUCGCUAUUUUGUAACCGAGGUGCUCGACGUCAUAGCCCCGCCAUACACCUCUGACUUCGUGCAGCUUUUCCUCCCCAUCUUGGAAAAUGACAGCAUCGCAGGCACCAUUAAGACUGAAGGUGAACAUGACCCUGUGACAGAAUUUAUAGCUCACUGCAAAUCCAACUUCAUCCUGGUGAACUGACCCAGUACCCUCCGGAGCCGAAGCGAACAUUCCAGACCGGGGGAAACGCCUUCCAGACCAAAGGGGCUCAGUCAGCACCUCGGAAAUGCGUUCUUGGGUGAAUGGCCUUUUAAAAAAGGAGAAUGUGAGCAAGAUAAGUGGGAAAUUGCUGUUGUGAGUGGUCCCCUCGCCUUGUCAGUUCUGCUCACAGUAUUCUCUCCCCCAGGAGGGCCUGUGUUCAGGUUACUUCUCGGGAUGGGUGGUGGGAAUUCAGAAGCUGAAACAUUUAAAUCAACUGCUUGCAAAGCUGACUUAUGUUUUCUCACAAGAACCUGAUUCGUUAUUUCAUUUCAUUGUUUUAAUUUCCCAAGGACAAAUAAAAACUUUCCUGUUGGGUUGAAA